GUACGCUUAACAGUCAUAGUAGCCCCCCGUGUACGACCAGAGAUGGGUUUUGUUUAUUUCCUUUUCGACCGUCAAAGUGAUUGAGCUUAGUGAAGUGAUAAGAAAUGGAAACUGCUGUCGAUAGUUUUGUGUACUUGUUUGUCUACAUUCAGAAUUAAUAUAGUUGUUAUUUGCGUUGGUGCUGUUGUGAUUUCCAAUCCGGACGGUAGACAGAAUUGUGUUUUUAUUCGUAACAGAACGUUGCUCAUAGCGAGAUGGAAAAAGUAACAGUGCUAGACGGUGGGUUUGCCACCCAGCUUUCCGUUCACGUCGGAACACACAUUGACGGAGAUCCAUUGUGGAGUGCUCGAUUCAACGCCACCAAUCCAAAUGCUGUGUUCAAAACCCACCUGGACUUCCUGGAGGCGGGAGCCGAAUGUAUUAUGACCAACACGUAUCAAGCCAGUAUCGAGGGCUACAUGGAGUAUUUGGAUCUGAGUGAAGAGGCCAGUCUACAGUUAAUAAAAUCGACAGUUAAGCUGGCUCAAAUGGCAAGGACCAAAUAUCUGGCAGAAAACGACGACGUUCGACGGGUUCCGCUCGUUGUGGCGUCGGUUGGACCAUAUGGAGCACAUUUACACGAUGGAUCGGAAUACACCGGGGAAUAUGCGGACUAUGUUUCCCCCGAUACCAUUCAGAAGUGGCACAGAAAUCGGAUAGAUGCCUGCUUGGAGGCAGGAGUGGACGUGAUCGGAAUCGAAACGAUCCCCUGUAAGGUAGAAGCCGACGCAAUGCUCGAGAUGAUGUGUGAGGAGUAUCCCCUAGUCAAAUUCUGGAUCUCGUUCCAAUGCCGAGAUAGUGCACGCAUAGCACACGGAGAAAAUUUCGCCGAAACGGCCGCCUACAUUUGGACCAAAGCCAAACGGCUUGGAGCCGACAAUUUGAUUGCCGUUGGUGUUAAUUGUGUCAAUCCGCAGUUUGUGACGCCACUGUUCAAAUCGGUGAAUGAGAAACGAUUAGCAAAAGAUCGAAUUCCUCUGAUCGUGUAUCCCAACUCUGGGGAAGUUUACAGCGUUGAAACGGGUUGGCAAGGAAAAGAAGACUGCGUACCGUUGGAAUACUACGUGCCUCAGUGGAUUGAGCUCGGGGCACGAUUCAUCGGUGGGUGCUGUCGAACCUAUGCACGUGAUAUCAAGCGUAUUAAGCAAACAGUGAUAUCUCUACAAGCCGGUUCAUUGAAGCAAUUGUGAUUAGUGCAUAAUAAUUUCAUCAUAUUAACGAUUUCUUGUUGUCUGUGACAGUGAAGAAUAACCACCACCUUUUUUAAUCAAAUGUAUUUGAAAUGAAUAUUAACGAACGAUUAUGUAAUAAAGCUUAAGUAUAUCAAAUAAUACGAAAUAGAUAGAA